AUGCGCUUCCCUUUGCCGGUGGGGUACUUUAACAACGUUCAGGUCUCUCAAUCGAAAUGCCAGGAAUACAAAGACAUGGUGCGUCGUCGUGUGAGCUGCAUGCUGGCAGAAGAACACCGCUCCAAGCAGAGACAAGCGCAACAAUUUCCAGUGGUGCCACACACGGAGUGGAAAUAUCUCCGCCGCAUGGAUGACUUGAAAGUGUAUCAGCGACGAUGUCGGGGUCGACCAAGACAAGAUGUCGCGGCGGAGGAAGAGUUCCCGGAAGCGGCGAUUGCGGUGGAACGGGGUAACCCAAGUAUGCUCGUGGCCGGAACGGUGACCGGCACUAUUGAGGAUAUGCUCUAUGGCAUGAGUGCCACAACGCAUGAGGAGAUGAUGACCGGAUUUUCAAUCACCGCUCCGCCACAUGACGCAGCGCUGCUUAGUGUCGUCGAACGCUCAACAGUCGAGGACCCCUUGCGUUCAGCCGAGCUGCUGUGGGUGCUCACUAAAGUGCCGUUCCUGAAUCGAAGAGAUGUCUGUUUCUUGAAAGCUACCGGUGUGGGGCGAGACAGAAAGGGAAAACCUUACGGCUACAUGGUGCUGCAUUCGGUGGAUUUGCCAGAGUGUCCUCCAUUCGACUAUCACAAGACGAAAGUUCUCCGCGCCAAGAUGUUCUUUUCGUUCUUGUUUCGUGAGAGCAGUCCUGGAUCCGUGGAUGUAAUGGGACGUGGCAUCUUUGACUUGGCUGGUGGGGACAUGCUGAAGUUAGUGCUGCCACACGCAACCGCAGUCGUCAUCAAAGGAAUUUUGAGAAGUGUGAGUUGUGGUGAGGCCAAGAAGCUCACAUUGCUGGCACUUCGAAACGAUGAAGAGCGCAGAAAACUCAAGACGAUCUCAAAGAAGAGCGUUUGUUCCAUGUGUAUUCGUAGCAACCGACGCAUGUUUUCAGGAUUUCGCUUGUGCUUGUGCGAAGUCUGUGGCGUCACUAUCUGCACGAGCUGCACGAUCAAACACAAGCGUAUGUUUACAGGAACGAAACAGCCAUGGCGUGAAGUCAUGUGUUGUGUAACGUGUUCACAGGAGGCAAAGAGUAUCACGGGUGUUUAUCUUGGGGAGCCCGAGUUUGUUGUCGUGGCCGAGUUCUACAGCAAAUUCCGCCCUAUCUCAACUUGUUCGUCUGUGAAUCGCUCGAUGAUGGCAGCAACUUUUUCAAUGCCUUCAUCGAAAGCUUCAGCUAGACAAGACGUGGUGGAUAACUCACCAGAUCGUAGCAUUGGCGAGGCUACAUUGCUGAAGUCCGACCCUGGUAAAACAAGCUCGUCAAUAGGAUUCACCAACUCUACAAUUGAUGAUAGCUGUGCAGAUUCCGACUUGGAUCUCAGCUUCUCGAGCACACUAAGUGAUCUGAAUUCGGGUGAUUAUCGACCCUACUCCAGCGCUUAUUACAACAGCAAUGUCGAGUGGGUGGAGAAACUUGAGUCAGUGUCGGCCGAUUUGCUGAAGGAAUACGCGGAGCUUGGAGAGUUGACGGAGGAGACAGUCUCGACUGAGAUGCAUGCUUGGAGUGAAAAAAGCUGCACACAAGACGUUGGCAAGCAUGUGAAGGAGAUCAACCUUGUCGAUCCUGCUGUUUUGUUGAAGCUCUCUCGACGACCCAACAUGGUUGAGUGGAUGAAGGGUCUCCAAUUGUCGGUCGAGGAAGCAUACAUUGCGGCGAAGGCGAACGAAGAGAUUAUGAAGAAGUCCAUGCGGUAG